AGGUCAACAUUCUAGAAGGAAACAUAUUUCAGUCAGUUUUAGUUCAACAGCCGAACCAAAGCACAUUUCAAGACUUGGAGACAUUUCACCACUUUGAGAGUUUUCAAGAUUUCAAGAGAUUUUCGAGAUUUCAAGACGUCAGAGUUCACAGAGAGAAGAAAAAAUGUUUUGCUUGCGAUUCACCAAGGUUUGUCCGACAGACUUCCUGCACAAUUCCUCCAAAGUUUUCUUUUGUGUCAGUUUGAGGUUUGAACUUCAUAUCGAGCGUUUUAAACGUAUUUUCUGUGGAACCAGCACAGUGUGUGUGUGUGUGGCUUCAUCAGCUGUGAAGAUGCUUCACUUUUAUGCAAAUUUUCAUGUGAUUGUUGUUUGUUCUUCACAGAAAACCCGCGUGCAAAAGUUUGAGGCGGAUGAGAAGCUCUCCAGCUCUCAGUCGAGUAUUCCAGCUACACUCGCCGCCUCCCCAGCUCCAGCCCCAGCACAGCCAGCUGAGACUGGAGGAACCCAGAAGACAAAGAGGAAUUGGAGGAAUCGUCUCUUCAGCAUCUUUCAAAGAAAGAAGAAACCGAAGGAGACCCCCCCGGCCUCAGUAGAAAGCAACAUCUCCUCACACCGGAAAACCCCAACCGGACGGGUCAAGAAGACAUCUUGCUGGCCUUUUAGAUGCUGCUGGAGAAGUAAUCGGGUCGCUCCAUCUCCAGAACCCAAACCACAACUGGAGCGUAAACCAGGACCCAAACCUGAACCCCAGAGAUGCGACGCUGUCAAAGAUGACAAGAAAGUGGAGUUCAUACCACUCAACGCUCCCGACUACGAGACUUUCUGGAUUUCCGAAGAGUCGUUGCCGUCCGACUUCUCCGACUACGCCGCCAUCAUGGAGCAGUUUUUCCUGGAGGAAAUGCUCUCUGACUACUUCCGCACCAAGAAAACCAACAUCAGCGAUGUUCAGAUGAGCACAAAGGGGACCGUCGCCAACUUUGGAUUUCCAAACAUGGGGCAGACGUGCUACCUCAACUCCAGCCUGCAGAGCCUCCUGACCCUAAAAGACUUGUUUGCAAGCAUCCAGUCUACGGAGCCGGUCUGGAGCUCAGUCCCUGGAGCUCAGCUGCUGAGACACCUGAGCGAGAUCAAAGAUAAGCACGCAUCCCCAGAUUUGACAGAAAAAAGCAGCCUCCUGCUUAAGUUUAAGGAAGCGAUGUCGCUGCAGGCUCCCGAAUUCAGGGACAAUCGACAGAAAGAUGCUCAUGAGUUCCUGAUAUCGGUCCUGAACCAGAUUCAAAGUCUGUCCCCUGCGUUGAAGGAGGCGGCAGCACGGUUCGGGACGUCAUACACCUGCCCUGUGGAAGACAACUUAGUCUUCUGGAUGGAGAACAGCAGGACAUGCAAGACGUGUGGAGCCCAAACUACAAAACGAGAGAAAUUCACUAAUAUUUCUCUGGACGUGGUUCUUGGGGCUUCCAUUGAGGAGAUGCUGCAGGCCUACCAGAACGAGGAACUCUUAGAGUACAGCUGCCAAUGCGGAGGGAAGAUUUCCAGCCGGAAAUCCAGCCUGGACACCCUGCCAGGGGUCUUCAUCAUGCACCUGAAGCGUUUCCGCGUCACUCCAUGUUACACCCUGGAGAAGGUGACUGACCCCGUCCAGAUUCAGAGGGAUGUGGUAGUGUCUUCUAAUCAAGUAAGGAAAUGAGAAUGUACCAGAUGACCAACAGAUGUCAGGAUGGUAAGUAAAGUUGUGUUUCCAGUGUGUUCAUCAAUCUAACCGUCAUGUAUUUCUUCUUUCAGGGCGGCGGCUGCUACAGUCUGGUCAGCGCCAUCAGCCACUUUGGCAACAUAAAAGGAGGACACUACAUCGCGGAUGGUAUCCAUCCAGACGACUGCUUGGAGACGCCGAUCGACCGCUGGCUAACGUUCAACGACUCCAAUGUCAAUGAGACGGCGGGCUCAUCUGUAUGCGAACACCUGGAGAGUUCGGCAUACGUCCUUUUUUAUAAGAGACACGUCUAGAGCUGGAUGGAUACGGGGGGAGUGGAAGACAUCUACAAGAAGAGCCCCAGGACCCCGCGGAUGGGGAAGGAGCAACAACUCCCACUCUUCAGGAGCAGGGACCUGAAGACGGCAGGAGCCCCAGAAAAGAUGCCCCUACUCCUGGCAUCAUUGUGGCCAGAGGAGCAGCCACAGGGACAGGUAGGUGAAUGUGGAGGGUGACCCAGUAUCUAGAAGGACAAGGAGGUAAGUCACCCCACCGUCACACCCCCUGCAAGGAAGAUGCACCAAUGGCCAGGAGCAACUGGGGGCCCCACUCCCCCCACCCUCAGGAGGAAGGGUCCCAACAGAGAGCCUGGUUCCUCCCAAGGUUUCUUCCCAUUAGGGGGAGUUUUUCCUUGCCACUGUCGCCCCAUAAAAGCUGGACAAUGAAU